CUGGAAGGAGAAGCUGAAACUAUUUUUUUAGUAGCGACACUGCUGUCAUGACGAACAACAGUACAGAAAUGUUGCUCAAUGUUUGUGAAAGUAGGGUUUAAACUAUAGUAAGCUGGAAAAACUGAGACAAUGAUGAUAUCAUGGAAAGUCAUCAUCUACUUUAUGACAGCUGGUGUGAGUAUGCUGUGUGUGUCAGGAAACAAAAGAGGACCUGUCAACAUUGCCUGUGACAACACACCAGUGAGUCAGACGGCACAUUUGGGAGGCUCUGUUACCAUCAACUGCAGGUAUUCAAGAGCAGAAGAAAGCUACGUCAGAUGCCUCUGCAGAGAAGAUGAAAACUUCCAUUGCAAAUCUCUGAUAUCAGCUUACACUUCAGAUUGCACAAAAAAAGACAGGUUUUCUCUGAUAGACAACAAACAGCAAGGAGUGUACACUGUAACUAUUUCCACACUGACCCUAGCUGAUGCUGGAAGAUACCAGUGUGCUAUGGAAAGAUUUAACAACAGUUCCACUGCGUGUUUAACUCGGAUCGACCUGCAAAUUUUGAAUUGGGAUGACAUUAAACCAACAACAACAAAAACUUCUGACAGUGGGGACACUGUAAGAAUCAGUUGUUCAUAUCCAGACAUCCAUGAGAACAAUCAGAAAUUCCUGUGCAAGGGGGAGAAUCCUUUCAACUGUGAGGAGCUAAUACAUACAACAGAAAUGACAGAGAUGUGGUUAAAGGCAGGUUUGAUAUAA